CAUUUAACUAAAUGACACAACAUGUUUUCUCACAUUUAGUUAAAUGUGCAAAAGUCUAAAUGUAAAUGUUAAAUAUAAAUGUAAAUGUUAAAUGUUAAAUGUAAAUGUUAAAUGUUGGCCGAGUGUAAAACUGAAUAUUCAUGAAUGGGCAAGUAGACUCCAUCCCUGCCCUCAAACAGCGCUGGUCUCAGAUCAGAGACGCGAACUCAAACACGUCAAACAGUACGCAUAGCUCCGCCCACAUCUGACUCUGGAUCGGUGCACGAAAAUACUGGAGAGAAGCCUGGAGUCGAAGCCAUCAUGGCCGCCAGCUCCGACUCCCUCCCGUUGGGGGAGAUUGAACGGGCUGUAACGGCAGGUGUGCGGGUUGAGGCUUCGCUUCAAACUGCCGUUCUGUCGUAAACACCAUUAAUGAGGAGUUAAGUAGGUUUAAAAAGAAUAUUUCUGUGGCGCCAGUGGAGAAUUAGUUGGCUAACUAUACUAGCUAGCCGAAGUUACGUCCAGGCUAAAAACAAAAGUUUCCAGAUCAGAUGUGGGCGGGGUUUGCGCGCACUGUUUGAGGUGUUUGAGUUCGCGUCUCUGAUCUGAGACCAGCGCUGUUUGAGGCGUGAUGUAAGGCUGAGGCCGAGGAGUUAUCCUCACCCCGCAUGUCCUAACCUGACUACGCCAACACAAGAGGUGGUGGGAAAACAAAUGAGGACAAAAGGGCCAGAAGUGAAUAACUACAAUACGCAGAGGAUUCUAUUUUCCUAAAUGAAUCAGUCUGUUUUUAAAGCAGCUUUUUUGAACUCAGUGAUUCUGUAAUCAGCUGAAGUGUGCGAGUGUCAUCUGCAGCUGUGAGACACAUCCUCCGUCCCACUCUAAUCCCUUCAUCUCUGUCAGGGACAGACUAAUGUGUGCUGACGGGUCUUCACUCCUCCUCUUGUUUCUCUCUGGACUCUGGAGAAUUUUAAAGGACUUGUAGGCAUCAGUUGCAGGUGUGGGGAGUUUCUCCUCUGUUUCCAUAGCGACGAGUAGGCUAAGCAGCUGGAUGUAUGUCUGUAUCCAACAAAUCGUAUCUGACAGGUCAGACAACAGCUCCAUGGUUCAAGUAGCUCCAUUAGUCAGUGUCCCCACGUCCAAGUUGACCCCACCGGCCAUGGAUCCAGACGACGCCAGGACACGAGCCAGAACUGAACAAAAAGCAGGAGGUUUGUUCAACUACAACAACAGCAACAACAACAACGAAGAAGAGGAAGAGAAGAAAAAGAAGAAGAAAGUGAGAAAAGACAAGAAGACGAAGGAGAAAAAGGAGAAGAGAGAGAAGAAGCAGAAGGAAAAAGAGGAAAAGGAGAAAGAAAAGGAGCCCAAGGCCAAAGAGGAGGUGUUGAAGGAGGUCACCGUGAUUGAUCCAGCAGGAAACACCUACUACCACUGGCUGCUCAUCAUCACCGUACCUGUGAUGUACAACUGGACCCUGAUCAUAGCCAGGGCCUGCUUUGAAGAAUUGCAGACAGACUAUCUGGUCAUGUGGUUUGUCGUAGACCUGGUCUCUGAUCUCAUCUACCUCAUGGACAUGUUCUUCAGAACCAGGACAGGCUUCCUGGAGCAGGGUCUGCUGGUGAAGGAUGAGCACAGGUUGCGUCAACGCUACAUAAACAGCUUCCAGUUCAAACUGGACCUGGCCUCCAUUGUCCCCACCGACCUGCUGUAUGUGGUCUGUGGUGUGAGUUACCCUGAGAUCCGCCUCAACAAGCUGCUCAGAUUCAACAGAAUGCUGGAGUUCUUCCAGAGGACGGAGACGAGGACCAACUACCCCAACGCGCUUCGUAUCUCUAACCUGGUCAUGUACAUCGUCAUCAUCAUCCACUGGAAUGCCUGCCUCUACUACUCCUUUUCCAAGGCCAUCGGGUUCGGUGCCGACAGGUUUGUUUAUCCAGACCCAUCAGAUCCAGAGUUUGGUCGACUGGUGAGGAAGUACGCCUACAGCAUGUACUGGUCCACGCUGACACUUACCACCAUUGGAGAAACGCCGCCUCCUGUGGAGAACUCUGAGUACUUCUUUGUGGUCAUCGACUUCCUGGUGGGUGUGCUAAUUUUUGCCACCAUCGUCGGCAAUGUCGGCUCCAUGAUCACUAACAUGAACGCGGCCAGAGCCGACUUCCAGGCUCGAAUCGACGCCAUCAAACAGUACAUGAGCUUCCGAAAGGUGACUAAGGACCUGGAGAAGCGAGUGAUCAAAUGGUUUGACUUUCUGUGGACCAAUAAGAAAGCUGUGGACGAGAGGGAGGUGCUGAAGUACCUACCUGACAAACUGAGGGCAGAGAUCGCGAUCAACGUCCACCUAGACACCCUGAAGAAGGUUCGCAUCUUUGCUGACUGUGAGGCCGGACUGUUGGUGGAGCUGGUGCUGAAGCUGCAGCCUCAGGUCUACAGCCCAGGAGACUACAUCUGUAAGAAGGGUGACAUUGGCAGAGAGAUGUACAUCAUCAAGGAGGGAAAACUAGCUGUUGUGGCGGACGAUGGCGUCAGGCAGUUUGUCGUCCUCAGUGAUGGAAGCUACUUCGGCGAGAUCAGCAUCCUGGCUAUCAAAGGCAGUAAGGCAGGAAAUAGGAGGACAGCAAACAUCAGGAGCAUUGGCUACUCUGACCUCUUCUGCCUUUCCAAAGACGACCUGAUGGAGGCGCUGAAAGAGUAUCCUGAUGCUAAGGCGCUGCUGGAGGAGAAGGGGCGUCAGAUUCUGAUGAAGGAUGGCCUAUUGGAUCUGGAGCUGGCAGCGCAGGGUCCCGACCCCAAAGAGAUGGAGGAGAAGGUGGAGAGGAUGACGAGCACGCUGGACAUCCUCCAGGCCCGCUACGCCCGGCUGCUGGCUGAGCACGAGGCCACUCACAGCAAGCUGAAGUACCGGGUCACACGGCUGGAGAGGAAGCUGGUACCUGCCUCGCAAGCAGUGCUGCCAAGUGAAGCUCCGCCCCCUCCAACACCUGAGACAGACAAGAAGGAGGAUAAAAAAGAAAAGAAGUAGACGAGAAGAAGCAGUAGAAGUAAACCUCAGAACAAACCAGCCUCCAUAUGUCUAGUUAAUCUCCCUCGUUUACACAGUGGAGUCACAGUCUUGAUUAAUUUCUUAAUUAAUAAUGACUGAUAACCAGUGGGACAGAUUAGUGUGUUAGCAGCAAGGCUAUCCGUCUCCUGCAAUUCCACGGCCCUACCAUAUGGUGACGCUGCGUAGCACGUCAUUAUCUAAUAAACCACGUCACACUUAUAAUGUAAAAGCUAUUUGUUCUGUCUACAAUUGAUGCAGGCUAAAGUGCAGGACUAUAUUAUUGGAUUAGAAAGGAAACAGGUCAACAGGGUAUAUGUUUCUAAGCUGUGAAAUGUGUGCCUGAGUAAAACACUUCUCACCAACUCCCCGGGGGCCUUGCAUGGCAGCCCUCUGCUCCCCCAGGGCUUGGGUUGAAUGGGUUAAAUGCAGAAGUCAAAUUUCAUUGUUACAUUGUAUGUGAGAAUGACCAAUAAGGCUUUCUUCUUUUUCUUCUUCUUCUUGAUUGUAUAAAGAAUUGAUUGUGUGUUUAAUAAUAACUAUUUCAAUGUA